UACGAGAAUAAAAAACAACACAUUUCACAUUCAUUUCAAGUGUUUGCGACAAUUUUUGAAAACAAUUGAAAUUUUAUUUAACUUUUAAUAAUGUCCACAACUUAUGAUUUCACGGGACGGGUGGCCCUCAUAACUGGUUCGUCUUCGGGUAUCGGUGCCGCCACUGCUUUAUUAUUGGCCAAAAGUGGAGCCAAUGUUGUAAUCACUGGACGUAUUGCUGAGAAUGUAAACAAAAUUUGUAAAGAGUGUACAGAAGUGUCACCAAAAGGUUUGAAAGCGCUUCCAGUGGUGGCAGACGUGACCAAAGAGGAAGAUCUCGACCGACUUCUCGACACUACUAUUAAAACAUUUGGCAAAUUAGAUAUUUUGGUGAAUAACGCGGGUUUCGGAGACUCUUCCCAGAUAUCAGAUGCCGAAUAUCUGAAGAGUCAAAAGGCAGUGUUUGACACAAACCUUAAUUCUGUGAUAUAUUUAACCCACAAAUCAAUUCAAUAUUUGGAGAAAACUAAAGGAAAUAUAAUUAACAUCUCGAGUAUCGCUGGCAUACAGUCUGGUAAAGGGAUGUCCGCAUAUUGUAUGUCAAAGGCGGCGAUGGAUAUGUUCACCAAAUGUAUUGCCGUUGAUUUGGGCUCAAAAGGCAUACGCGUUAAUUCAGUCAAUCCGGGUGCGGUUCGCACAAACAUUAUGAGAAAUAUGACGUUAACUGAAGAGCAAACUAAGGCCGGAUUUGAGAGCAUAAGCAGUAAAUACCCGGUGGGACGGGUCGGAGAGGGACUGGACAUUGCCAACGCGGUUGCCUACCUGGCCAGUGACCAAGCUAGUUUUGUAACGGGCACGAUACUGUUGGCCGAUGGCGGUCACCUUGCUGCUAAUGUUGCCAUGGGCACUGAAUAAUCUAGCUUGAUACAAAACACUCUUGAGUGCAGCGGUAGACAAAUACAAGGAUUGAGAUAUCAUUUAUUACUAUUGAGUU